AGAGAGCUGCAUGAGUGAAACCAGGAAGCAGCCAUGGAGCCCUGGUCUGCAGUGGCCUGGGUCCUGCUGCUGACCAUCAUGGUGGAUCUUCUGAAGAGCACCAACACCAGAGACUUCACUGAACAAGAUAUUGUAUCCCUCCACCCCUCCAGUACUCCAUUUCCUGGUGGAUUCAAGUGCUUCACCUGUGAAGAUGCACAAGACAACUUUGAGUGCAACCGUUGGGCUCCAGACGUGUACUGUCCUCGUGAAGCUAAAUACUGUUACACUCGCCACACAGUAGACGUGGAGGGUGACAGCGUGUCAGUGACGAAGCGCUGUGUGGCUCCAGAGGCAUGUCUCUCCACAGGAUGCACUGACAUGGACCAUGAAGGAAAAAAGGUGUGCACAGCCUGCUGUGAGGGAAAUAUCUGUAACUUACCGGUGCCAUGGAACGAAACAGACGCCAUCUUCUCCAUCACCUCACCUCUCAGCAGCACUGCUGGACAUCCACCCACACUGACCUUUUCAAUCAUCAUCACUUCCUUCAUCAUCUCAAGUGCUGUUUAAAAAGUGAAGUCAAAGUCAAGGUCAUCUAGGUGUACUGACGGGACCAGGUGAACCUGUCAGUGGACCACAUGACUUCUAGUUGGACUCUUAUAUGAGGCAGUUUAGUCUAAAUUUUACAGAAAAUAAAUAAAUUCAUCAAAAACUCAAUAGGUUGUCCAUGUAUAGAGAAUGUGGCCCCUGCAUCAGUUAUCACAUAAAGAAUAAUGCUUUUGUUCUCAUUUAGAAUGAUGUUUAAUUUUCCCAUCAUACAUUAUGUUUCUGUACAGUCAGCCUACCAGCAGGGCAACAGUUAAUAACAUUGAUGUACUAUUGUUACACAAAAGUAAAAUUUGAAGAAAACAAUAGUUAUAAGCUCAUCAAAGGUUUCAAA